UAUUUAUAUUUGCGAAAAGUCCAAAACAUUUGUUAAAAUGGAAAACAUUUUUUAAUUUUUGAUAACCACAAGUGUUCAUAAACAACCCUACAAAGUUUGGGGGUCGACGUGCUCGAAAUGAAAAAGUCAUAAAUAAAUAAAUAACCGGGCUAUGAUAAUAAUAUCUUUUUAACAUAUUUAUGAUUGUGCAUAUGUAUGUCAGAUCCAAGAACUGUUACUCAAAAUGCAACAAAUUUCUAUUGUAAUUGUAAUCUAUGCAUGUAUGUACUUAUCUACCAUGUGCCAUUCUUUACGAAUCCGCUUUGAGUCAACAUUGUGCAAAUAAAUUUAACUAAUAAUUUGCGUCAGCAAAAUUAAAUCAGUAUGCAUGUCCGGAUCGAACUGACAGAAAUAAGCUUUUUGUCAUGUUGACGAAUUUUUGGAAAAGAUAACAUCAAAAUAAUAACUGAUAGGUUUCUGGUUAAGAAGACCCAACUGAGGCGGACUUCAUUAAAUAUGUUUCAAUCAUACUUAGACAUGUCAGAUGGGGAAAGAUAAAUCCCGCAUUCGCUGAAUUUAGGACCAAAUUCAAUGAAAACUCGUUCUAUAUCUCAAUUAUUUUGGGCAUAACGCACAAAAUAGUAUUAACUAAUGAAGACGAUAAAUAUGAAGAGAUUCAUAGCUGCGUUGACCAUUUACAGCCCACUCGUCAACCAGUGACGUUGUUUUUUGGAGAUUUUUUUUUGCAAUGAACAUCACUUGCUGCCGUUGCGGAUUAAUUAUAGUUGCAAUUUUGUUUGUAGGCAAUAAUAUAAUUAGUGGAGUAAUAUUUAAUAGGUGCGAGUUUGGGUAUCGACUUAGGGACAAGGGCAUAGAGCCCAACCGGUGGGACAAUGAAAUGACCAAAUGGCUCUGCAUCGCACGCCAUUCUACUGGAUUUGACACAUCGUACGAAAAUCAAGGUGGCGUCACCAUGAAAACGUAUGGAAUUUUAAAGAUCGCAAACAAUUGGUGCCAAGAUGAACUUGACACAAACAAUCUAUGCAAUAUAGUCUGUUCAGAUUUGCAAACUGAAGAUGUCACAGAGACGGCAAAAUGCGCCAGUCACAUUUUUCUAGUUAGCGGAGACUCAUUUAUACCAUGGUACCCAGCAUUUCAGGAAGAUUGCAUGAACAACGAUACCACGUUCUACACGAGCGAUUGUGCAGAAGACCUAACCAUAAGAUCAUCCCAGACAGAAUUUUAUCUGACAGAGGGAGACACAAAUGUCAAAAUUAAUUGUUCCGUGGUUAGCUAUCCUUCGCCAAGGCUUCGAUGGGAAUGGGAACCAACUGGUGAUGACGAGCUUAUAAGUAGUACAACUCAUCCCCCUGAGGAUAUUAUGGAUAUCGAAUUUGUGGCCACUUUAAGCUUUAGCGAAGUCAAAUUAAGUCAUAGUGGAACGUACACUUGUCAUGCUGAGAAGGAUGAUUCGAUGGGUAGGGCGGUCGACGCUUAUCCGUUUCAAGUGAUAGUCAAUCAGGUUACAUCACCAACCACAGAUGGCAGUGGUACUGACAGUACUUCAGAUCCAACCGAAUCAACCUUUGAACCUACAACUGAUACUCUGACUUCAAGUCUAUCAACGACAACAGAUAGCUCUGAUUCUUCAACUUCAACUCUACCAACGACGAAGGAAAACACUGAUUCUCCGACUACGGAGAGUCUACCAACAACGGAAAGCUCGGAAACAACCGAAGAAUCUUUGAGCACGAUAUUAAGUACUUCAAUUGAUCCUACGAGUUCAACAAUUCCUAGUAGUAGUUUCACAGAAACUACCCUUGAUCUGGGUUCAAGCUCAACGGCUGCAUCUACGGUUAUGCCUACUUCAACAACGUCGGAUAUGACGGCGCGAACGUCUGUGAAUCCUGCGGACCCAACUACACCGUCUGACAUGGAGAGAAUUUACUUGGCUUGUGAGAUAGCACAGCAACUUACGUAUUUGCACAAAGACAAUAUACAUUGGGGAGAACAUAUUGAAGACUGGUUAUGCUUAUCUGAUGUAACUACCCGGUUUAAUGGGUCGUAUUUAGCAGCAGACCCAGAUCACACUGGGCGCUUUUAUUAUGGAAUUUUUAAGAUUAGUAAUGAAUGGUGCCAGGAUGAUCAUAACACCGCUAACCCGUGCAAUAUUAGCUGCAAUGAUCUCUUUCACAAUGAUUUCGACGUGGAGAAAAGUGCAAGCUGUUCGAAAUAUAUUUUUGCUCAAAAAACUUUCACAGAGUGGCCAGAAUUUGCCCAACUAUGCGAAAAUGUUGACAAGCAUUAUUUGGUAAACUGCAGUGUACCACCGUUCUUUACCUCUGACACCGAGGAUGAGACUAAUAAGGUUUUCAAGGAAUUCGACGAGAACAAAAAUAUUACAUGUUCUGCGGUGGGAUAUCCUCCACCAGAAUUGUCUUGGGACUUUGCCACACUUAAUCACAUCCUUAACUCUGGGAGAAGAUUGCGAGAAUCCAAGACUGUGCAAAAAAUUUCUGACGGCAAUUGGACUGUGCAGUCGACAAUAAUUUUUAAUGAAGUACGCACAAAGGAUGAUGCUGAAUACAUUUGCGUGGCUGAAAACUCUGCCAGUUCAAAGACCCUGAGAUACAUCGUCACUGUUGUCCCUUCGGAACAGGGUUGGAAGGAAACAUUGAUUAUAGGGGGGAGUCUCACACUUGGAUUGUUGGGACUUUUAGCGAUUCCUGCAAUGUAUUUGAUUUACAAAAUGCGAGCAAAGAGGAAACGCAUACUUCACGAGUUAUAUCAGCAAUUCAAGUAUGGACAAGAAUCAAUACAACCAGUUCAAAGUACCGAUUUGCUCAUGAACUUCAAUCCUGAUGCUGUAUCGUAUUUGUCUCGUUCGGAAUAUGCUAUUUAUCAAGGCGCAAUAAAUCUUCCAUUUCCAAAAGCAUUGGAAAUUUUACCAUAUCGCUUGGAAAUCAUGGAAUACACCGUUCUAGGAAGAGGAGCAUUUGGCAUUGUGUUCUUAGGGAGACUGGACAAUAGAGUAACCAUUGCUGUAAAAACUGUUCCUAAAGAUGCGGAUGAAUCUAAAUUGGCUGCCUUGUUGUCAGAAGUGAAAAUAAUGAAUUUUGUUGGGCGACAUCCUAACAUUGUCCAACUGCUGGGGGUACAGUUCAUAGACUUGAAGAAGGGUAUCGUAUACGUUGCCGUGGAAUUUUGUACCUAUGGAUCGUUAGAGGGAGUACUUCACGAAAAACGUCGUCGAUUGGCAAUGGCCGAAUCAUACCUUGGAAAAAUAUAUAAUAUUCCCGGUUACAUUGGUUUAAGACCUGCUGAGAAACCUUUUGAAUUGUAUCAAUUACUAAAGUUUUCUCAUCAAGUUUGUUGUGCCAUGGAAUUUCUUGCAUCUAAAAGGAUAAUUCACGGUGAUCUUGCUGCAAGGAAUGUACUCGUGGACUCCAAUUUCAAUGCUAAAAUUUCCGAUUUUGGUCUUUCCAGGCAACUGUAUGACACCUGCAAAACAUACGUUGUUGAAACAAAGGAAUCUGCGAUGCCUUGGAGAUGGUGUGCCAUAGAAAUUUUAAAAUAUAAAAAAUUCUCAACUGAGUCUGACAUUUGGGCGUACGGGGUUUUUAUGUGGGAGGUUUUUAGUUUGGCAGAAGUUCCGUACACGGAAGGAAUAAGUUGGGGACCUGAUUUCGUGAAAUACUUGGAACGAGGGUUUCGGCUUGGAAUUCCACCUUAUGCCAAUCAAGAGAUAUACCAACUGAUGAAGAAGUGCUGGGAGGCACAACCGUCAAAGAGGAUAGGCUUUCAACAGCUUUCAGUUCAAGUUUUGACUUUGUUAGAGACCGAGUAUAAAAAACAAAGUUAAAGUAUCAGCUAUGUGCAUAUGUAAUGUACUUUUAAAUAUCAUACAUGGGAUUAGCCUGAACUUUUAAUUCAAAGUCGCGACCAGUUUCUUUAUAUUUUCAUGGAGAAAUUUGCCCAAAAGAUUUUUUCCCAGUGUUUAUCAAUGACAUAAUAAAAAAUAAUAGAGCAGAUAUGUAAAUACCUGUGUAUGCAUAGACUGUACAAUCUAUAUUUAUGUAUCAACAACUUCAUUACCUCCCCGACUCUGUCACCUGUGUACCAAAGGAAUUUUUCCAAUUAUGAGCAGAAGCAGUAAAAAUUCAUUAUCUUGAUGAUUAUGCAUAUCUCGAGAACGCACAUAAAAUUUUCUACGAGAUAGACCCCACGAAAAUUAUCAAAAUUUUUAAAUCAAAUACCACCUUUCAAUCGUAAUGAUGGCAGCCUUGUGCGACUCCUAUUAAAAGUGGACAUAUUUUAACGUUGAGAGAUUUAUGUAAUUAUAGAUUCCCAAACCUUCCCAAAAUUUCUUAUGCAAUAAUUAUUCUUCGAACAUUUUAUUGACUCACUUUUAUCCCUUUAAACGUACAGGUUUCUUUGAAGUAAAUCAAGUAGAUAAACAAAGAAAUAGUAUAUACAUAGUUAAAUAAGUACAUAUGUACGUACAAAUGU